GAGAAGACCGGAGUUGUCAUAGCUUGCCUUGUUACCUCAGCGCCGUCUGAAAGAGUCGACAAAGCAUCUUGACCGAGAUGAAGCCGCAGAUGUUCAAGCAGAUGAUGGACUGAGUGGAGCACCACUGGUACGACCGGCUGCACAAAAUCAAAGGCGAUUUCAUGCCGCAGCCCUCAGACGUGGUCCGUUACUGCGAGGUGGGCGAGCAGCACAUGGCUCGGGUGCGCGAGCACGAGGAGUGGGCCCAGCGGGGCCCGUACUACAAGCAAAACGUCGAAACGCACUGCGAGCGGCUGUGGUGGCGGGCCCGGUUCUGCGAGCAGGUGCUCCGCCACUGGACCAAGUUCAUCGAGAAGCGGGGCGGAGGUGAUAGAAAGAUCUCGUGUUUGUAUACUUGGAACGACAUGCUGAAGAUUGUGGGGCUGUGGCAGAAGCAGUCCCAGGAGGAGUGGGACGAGCUCAAUGAUCGGGACCCGGCAGACCGUUCGAAGGAACAGUUCCAGGUCACAAGCAAGCAGCGCGAAGAGUUCCAGGCCGGUAAGGUGGCCGCGCACGCCAAUAGGAAGGCGUUAGCACGACGCAGUUUAGAGCGCAUGCAUGCUGAGCACCAAAAAGAAAUGAAAUUGCGCCAGUACGAGGAGGAUUAGAAGCAAGCCGAGAUGGAACGCUGCGCCGAACGAAGCGACCGCAAGUGAAGAGUGCCCUCAAUUGCAUGAGGGACUGUCUCCAGUACAGUAACUGCUGUGCACUGUCUUGUCCUCGCAUACUUUAGCAUAGGACUCGGUGUGUCUGCAUCAUAUUACAGAAGAAUGGAAACAUCAAUCGAAC